AUGACCCUGGCCGUCAAUGGUCCACUUCAAUCCUCAUUCAUCACUGUGGAACAGAAGCGUUUCCCUCCAGAGCUGUUUGAAGUGGCAGGUAUACCUAAUCUGAGCAAAGAAAACAUCUCUAUGGUUUUCAUUACAUUCACUGGAAACUCUGGUCCCAAUGGCCUUCAAAAUGUAUCUGUUAUGAUCAACGGAUACUUCACCUGCUACAUAGAUGCAAUAUUACCGGCUGCUGGAUUGUACCAUUUAAACGUGACUUUGAUAAACAGUAUUUACUCUCAUUCUACCAACUGGCAGAUCAGAGCUUGUUCCUCUGAGACUGAGUACUUGAAUCUCAUGUUGUCCAAGAAAGAUCAGGAUGUCCCAUUCUGUGCCCCUCUGCCCACACAUACAGUGGGCAAACAGCAGGAUAAAGCCUCAGUGACACCCAUAGACAAAUACAAGCGAGCUGUUUGGAUUUAUUCUGAUAAACAGGCAUAUGCAACACAGACUGACAUCAAAUUUAUGGCUGUAGCAGAGGGACUUGAUCCUCUGUAUUUUUUCUGGAGAUUUGGGGAUGGACCGGAAAUAAAAACUACAUCAAGGAUCUUCAAAAAGAGAUAUCGGCUCCCAGACAAAUACAAUGUGACGGUCAGAGUAUCUGACGGUGUUACGUCCAUCAGGUCAGAUGUUUAUGCUGUGGUGAUUCAGAGAUCUGUGCAGCCCAACAGACUCUUGUACAGUCCUUCAGUUUUGUCCAACAGCUCUGUCAAAUUCACCUGCCGCAUGAGCUCGGGAACAGAUGUCUCGUAUGUCUGGAAUUUUGGAGAAGGAACAGAGCGAAAUGGAUCAAGCACUGAGCAUCAUGUAUUUUACAGCACUGGAGAGUAUAUAAUAGAAGUUAUCAUGUCCAACCUGGUGAGCUCAGCCUCUUUAACAGGACACAUCUUUGUUGUUGAAGAAUUAUGUCAGCCUCCGCCAGUGAAAAAUAUGGGCCCACACAAAAUACAGGUAUGGCGUUCUCAACAUGUCCGUCUUGCCGUGACAUUUGAGACCCAGAUUGAAUGUAAUGUGUCCAAAGGUCUGCUGUAUAGAUGGACUAUAUAUGACAUGAGUGGUCAAAAACUGCUCCUCCCGCACAUAGACACUGGACGGCAGUAUAUUGAUCUUCCAAAAUACCUUCUUCAUUAUGGAACAUAUAAAGCCAUAGCAAAGGUCCAGGUAUCCGGAAAUGUGGUUUACAGCAACUACAGUGUUUUAGUAGAAGUGGAGCACAGUCAUCCUGUCAGUAUCAUCAGCGGAGCCACAAAUAUUUUCAUCAAUCAUCGGAUUGGCGUUAACGUCACUCUUGACGGACGGAAAUCACAUGACCCUGAUUACCCCAAUAAUACUCUGAGUUAUAGCUGGUCCUGCAGGCCAGUAAACACACAGAAGAGCGGCUGUUUUACCAGGAACAUCAUGAGCACUGCAGCACUGCUUACAUUUCCAGCUCUUGCCUUGAAACCUGAGUUUGACCUGCUUAAGUUCACUCUGACCGUAUACAGUGGCAAUCGAUCAUCCUCAUCAGAGAUGUUCAUCACUGUAAUAUCAAAACAUAUCAGCAACGUUCAUAUGUCUUGUAAAGAUUGCCAGGAACAUUCAGUGAACUGGAAUGCACCAUUUACUGUCUCUGCUUUCUGUGAGGAUUCUGAUUGCAACACAAAAAAUGUAACUUACCGCUGGAAACUUUACCUGGUUAAUGCCUCCAGCAGAGCUGCUGCAGAAGUUCCGUUCUGCAGCACUAUGGAUCUCGGUUUACCCUCCAAAAUGGAGGAGAGCUUACAUUUCUCCAGGCCUGCAGUGACACCCAACACUCCAGCACUUCUGACUGAGAGCUCUAUUCCUGGAUCUCUGGCUCCUUAUCUUUUAUCUGAUCACAUUGACCUCACAGCCCCAGUUACACUAGAUUCUCUGACUUCAGUGAAACACCAUGACGUUCACAGUCCCAACUCAAACACAAACCACCAUGCAGUGUUUCCAGCUGUCAUGCAUUUACCAGGCAUCCUCCCAUCCUUCCCUGGGGAAACAGAGUCGUCUGGGGGUCACCGGGAGUCUUUAUCUGGCUCCGAUAGAGUGUCAAUGACAGAUUUAAUAUCAGAUUUGCUUUACACAGAUAAUUAUGAGUCAUUAUCAGGUGAUCAUAUCUCCGAUCCAGAGUAUGAUUACUAUAAUUUUGGAAUUGAAGAGGCUGACCCAGGUAUCACAGUCGGCAGGCCUACAGGAUCAUACCCUGACUCUUAUGACAAUGAGGGUGACAAUCUGGUGGAUCCAAACCUGCUGGUGGUUUCUGAGAAGACCCUUCUGGAUCUGGACAAACAGCUCAUUCAUCCAAACGUGUUUGAGUCUUACACGCUGUCAGGAUUGUCCUCUUCAGAUGUUACCUUUAAACCCUUCAUGCUUAAACCGAAGAGUCUGUAUUUGCUGGAGGUGUUUGCAAGUUGUGAGCAGCGUCUGCGAGGGAAAAGCCAGCUGUUCUUCCACACACAAGCUGUUCCUGAGGGAAUGAACUGCCAAGUGCAGCCCAACACCGGCAAUGAAAUCCACACGCAUUUCAGCAUCUUCUGCUCCACUGGAAAAGAGGAUCUCCUGUAUGAGUACAGUUACAGUGUGGGAAACACUAAGAGGAAACUCCUUUACGAAGGCAGAGAUUUUCAACACUACUUUAGUUUGCCAAGUGGAGAUCCGAAUCAUGAUUACAAAGUUAUGGUCUAUAUUGAAAUAAAGAACCAAUUUGGAUCAGCGACCAAACCAUGUCCUGUGACAGUCACUGUUCUUCCCAGCUUUCAGAGAAACUCAUCAUCUCAGCUCAACCCGGAUCAAGAACUGUACCUGUAUGGAGUUGGUAACCUGACUAGUCUGAUGAAGACAGGGAGUAAUGGAGACAUCAUCAACUACAUCUUUAUUUUGACAAAGGUGUUGAACCGCUUGAGUCUGGACCUGGAGUCGUCUGUGGAGUUUCUGACGCUCACACGCACUGAGCUCAUUUCAGCAGUCUGUCAACUCUCCACCACUCACAAGGUCAUCACUGCUGCCAUCAAAGGAAUUUCAUACGAAAUUAUUUACAGGCUUAUUGACUUGAUAAAAAUCCCAAGCCAACUGACAUUUUACAAUGUCAAACAAAUAAUCCAGCAUGUUCAUAAGAUCUCGACUGUCUUAAAUGGAUCUGAGCCUCCGACUGACCAUGUUAAUGCACUGGUUUCCCUUUUGUCUGGUGUGCUGGAGGCUCCAGUUCUCUUCUCAAAACCAGGACACCAACUCAUAAAUAAAGCGCUUCACACCAUCACUGAUUUAAUACUGGAGUGCAUGAUGUCCAGCAACAUUUCACAGUACAAUCUGAGCACCACUUUCAUGGAAUUGUUGGCUUGGACAGACGAUGAGUCUCAUUCUACGGUGAAAACAUUUGGCCUCACUGCGUUCCACUUCACUGACUUUCUGGAGAUGCAAUUUCAGCAAUGGAGAAUCAACAGCCAGCAAAAGCCCUGCGUUAUUACCUGGCUCACAGUGUACAGUCAGAGCCCAUACCGCUCUUCCAGAGAUAUGCAGUUCAGUGGAGAGACGGCAGACAUUCGGCUUUACAACUGCACCACAAGAAAGGAAAUCAAAGUCCGACAUCUUUCCCCUCCAGUUACACUUGAAUUUCAGAGAAAAGAGGAGACAAAACACAGCAAACAAACAGACUUCACUCUUGAGCGCAGUGAGGUGAACAUUCAUGAGUUCAACAUCACGUCAGAGACACUUCAGAGAGCCUUUCAGAUCACUGUGCACUUUACCAGACCUGCUGAGCGGCCCUUUCCCAUCCUGCUGCUGCUCAGGAUGUAUGAGCAGCCAACACCUGAUCUGUACAACAAGCAAAAAAUAUAUCACUGGAAAGGAAAGACGGCUCACUUCUUUCUCCCUCAAUCCUAUUUACAUGCUACUGGGACUGUUUACCUGAUGCUUCUCAAAGCAGACUACAAUAAAAGCCCAAGCAACAAGUACAUCACCAGAGCUGUGAACUACACAGUGCGCAUUGAGUCUGUUGAGUGCCUGUCCUGGGAUGGUGCGCGACAGUGGAAGCCCGAUGGUUGUUUUCCUCUUGCUGCUGUUUCUCCAGACAAGAUUUACUUCAGGUACGGAAUCGGAUUGUGCAAUAAAUACUCCACCUAUUGCAACCACCUGGCAUCAUUUGCAGUAUCACAUGAGUCCAUCACUAACAACUACAGCUCUGCAGAUGUUUCACAGUUUAUCCACUCCAAACCCAACUACAUCCCAGUCAUUUUGGCAGUAAUAUUCCUGGCUCUCCAUAUCAUGGUGUCGGUCAUCUGUAGGAAAGCUGAUGUUUCCUUACAGAAAACUACCGGCUCGUUCUUGCUACCAGAAAACAAUCCAUCAGACCGCUUUCUCUAUGCUGUCACCAUUGACACAGGCUUUAGAUCAAGAACCAGGAUGACAGCAAAGGUUUACAUUGUCCUGCAUGGAGAUGAAGGUGUCUCCCAGACCAGGGAAGUCAGCAGCUCUGACUCCAGACUCUUCACAAACAACUCAAGGAAUACUUUUAUUCUCAGCUCUCCAGAGAGUCUAGGUCAAGUGUGGAAGGUGCACCUCUGGCAUGAUAAUGGAGGUUCAUCUCCCAGCUGGUAUUUAAGCCAUGUGGUGGUAAAAGAUCUGGUGCAGGGCUCCUGCUGGUUCUUUCUUGGCCAGUGUUGGCUUGCAGUUGAUGAGGGAGAUGGAAGAGUGGAGAGGAACCUGGUUGCUUCAGAAGGGGGACUAACAUUUAAACAGCUUCUAUAUUUGAAGCUGACAGAAUAUCUGGAGGACUUUCACCCAUGGUUUUCCGUGUACAGCCGUCCAUCUUCCAGCUCUCACACACACACCCAGCGUUUGAGUGUGUGUCUGCUGCUCCUGCAGGGCUACAUGUGUGUCAACACGCUGCUCAUAAAUCUUUUGGAAGAACAGUGUUUUGCAGAGACAGGACUCAUUGAUGUUCCGGCGGUCAGCAUGUUAACAGGCGUGUGCAGUGCUCUGGCUGUGAUGCCGGCGGGGGGUUUGGUGUCUCUGGUGUUUCGUGUCAGCAAGGUCAGAAAUCCCAGACUGCCUGAAACGGUCUGCCACAGAGUUACAUAUUGGAGCUACUGGAUGCAUUCAUUUAGACUAUUAGUAUAUGUGAUGUAUGAUUUAGGUCUUUUUUGUUCUUUCCUCCAUAAUAUUGGUACCAUCGGUAAAUAUGAGCAAGAAGGAGGUGACAAAAAUACCAAGUCCAGUAGUGUGUCUGGAGAGCAGUAUAAACUCAAAGUGUCUGAUGUCUGCUCUGUAGAAGAGCACCACAAUGCAUUUCUGAUGAAUAAUCGUGCAUCUGAAUCGUGUCUGUCCUGGAAUUCAGUUUCAUGCUCAUGUAAAAAAGAAUAUAAGGACUGCAUAACCUCAGAUUCAGUGUCUGCGUCAAAACUGCAAGACAACACGGACACCAUCUUAGAGAUUGUGGAUGACUCCAUUUCUGAUGUUAAUAAGAGAUCACAUGGCAAACGCAAAUGGAAAAAGUCUAAUUGCAAAUCACACUUCUCAGCAGAGGUCUUGAAGAACCAGCAGUUUUGUGAUGGAACAAUUCAAAGUCUUGGUGCCUGGUGUCGUUAUCUGGGCUGGACCCUCUGCGUGUCCCUCUGUCUUACAUGUGUUACCAUCACGGGUAGUCUCGGACUAAAUUUUAUACACUCCAGGUUUAACAAAACAGAGACUCAACUGUGGGCUCAUUCUGUCUUCUUUUCUCUCAUCUGCGGUGGUUUUGUUUUGCAUCCAGCGAUGGUAAAUCAUCUUGAUCCCUCACUGAGAAUAGCUGUAUAUGGUUUUAUUCUAAUAUUUGACCAACAAUCUCAUCACUGGAGCUUUGUGCUUGCUGACCGUCAGAGAGCCAGAUUUUUGCGCUUAGUGCGUCCACCAAAUUCAAAAGAUUUGAAGCUUGUGAGAGGCCAGAUCAAGAAACAAACACUCUUAUAUAAAACUACAAGGGAUUUGAUGCUACACCUCAUCAUGCUGUGGAUGAUUAUAUUUGUGGCCUAUGGAAAGUCUGACAGUGAUUCAAAGUACCGUUUGAACCAGGCUAUCAAAACUCAUUUCACAAAAAGCCUGCAAAAUUCAUUUCACUCCAUCCAAAAACAUGAUGAUUGGUGGAACUGGACAACAACCUCUUUGCUGGAGAAACUAUACAAUAAUGCUGACAACCAGGAUGAAAGACAAGAACAUGAUACAGGAGCUGCUUUCUCUCUUAUUGGAAGUCCAGUCAUUACAAAGAUCAAGAGCACACAUAACUCCUCAUGCCAGAUCUUGAAUUUGUUGAGCAACGACAAAAAUAAUUGCUUUGAUAACCAGUCUGCGACAAAGAAACUUGCUCCAUUUUGUGGUAAACUUGGAUGUUACAAGGGAGAAAGAGUGUAUGUGAGUCUGGGAAAAACAAGGUUGAACGCAUUUACGUCUGUUAAAAGGCUUUUGGAGACUGGCUGGAUGACUCCAUUCACCCAAAUUGUGAUUCUCCAGUUUGUCCUGUACAACGGGCCCAGUAACCUCUUCACAUCAGUCACUAUCCUAGUAGAGAAAACAUCUACAGGAGCUCUGUUGCCCUCAGCAAGUGUACAGUCCACUAGACUCUACUAUUUCCCAACAGCCCUCGACUACAGUGUUAUGAUCUGUGAGGUGACGGUUAUCAUCUGCAGUCUCUUGCUUUAUAUUUGUUCUAUGUACAAACUUCAGCUAAAAACAGAGGUGAUUGAUUUCCUGAAGAAGGAGGAUUUUAAAUUACUUGUUGAUCUAAGUUCAAUCUUCUUUUGUGAGCAGUUAUAUUUUCUCAAACAUCAGACAACAUAUAACAAUUUUUUUUCUCCAAAAAUUAUAACAAAUAUAACAAAAAAAGCCGUAACAAAAAAGCUGCCUAUUUGUCAACUACCCAUAUAUCAUUUACAGCUUUCCCAGUCACUCCUUGGCAUUGUUGUGAACUUGCUUCUCCUGAAAUGUCUGCACUUACUACGGCUAAACAAAACAGUGGCAGCAGCUGUGGUUACUUGGAAACUGAUCUUCUCCAACCUGAUUUGGUUACUGGCACCAGGUGUUAUUAUCGCACUGGCCCUCUCCAAUCUCUGCAACUUGAUCCUUCAUUCGGUCCCAUUUACAAGUCUUACUAGAUUGCUCUUCACUCGUUUCCUUUACAUCAUUGACAUUCAUCUCCAAAGCCACGUUCCACCAACAUUUUUUGGGGGACUUGUGUUUUUCACUAUGAUUCCAGUGAAGGCUGUGUUAAUUGCCACCCUUGCCAUUUUUGUGAAACAAGCAAAAAAUAAAUCUAAGAAAAGGAAAGAUUUACUUUCUGUCUUUGAGCUGACAUCUUAUGUCAAAGCUUUAUUUACUAUUAAGAAGGCCAGUCACAAGUCAACUGAUCAUCAAGACCAUGCUAAUAGCUUUUACUUAGCAGAGUUUGAAGAUUUAAUGGAUGAGUUGAUAUUUCAUCUCUGCACCAUGUCAGACAACCUGCCAGCAAAAGAGAAUCUCUUUGAGAUCCAGAGCAAUUUCUCAAUCUCACUUUCUGAUGUUCAUGAUGGCUCAGACUCUGAGUGUGUGGACGGAACCUAUAUGACUAGUCAGCUACACAAAAAGAAGCAUAAAGUAUUCCUGGAUGGGAGUAAUGGCUCAUUGUUAUCACACAAGGAACACAUUCACAGAGCACAAAUGGAGAUAUUUUAGGGGAAAUCUGAGAGCUGCAUCAUCCUCCAUUGACAGAAAGGAUCCUGACGUUCAGAAAAAUACCAAUACAGUGGUCCCUCGCUAUAACGCGGUUCACCUUUUGCAGCCUUGCAAUUUCACAAAUUUUUAGUGCAAUUUGACAUGCUUGUUUUAUUUUGUUUUUUUACAGUGCAUUGUGUUCUGCGUCCUGAUUGGCUGUAGAUCAUUGACAAUCAAUCUCCUUCGUGUCUCCUGUACAGUAAAGAAUGCAUUUAGCUUGCCAAAUAAACAUAAAUCGCAGAUUGCUAGCAGUGUGAGUUCCAACAAGGAUCCAAAAUGGGUGGUAACUGUCCGCAGCCAGACUAUCGCAAAGGGGGUGACACACCGGAUGCGCCACACCAGUGCAGCACCAUGCAAUUUAGAAUUGUAAACAUAGGUUUAUUUCAGGGUACGCACACCAGCACCGCAAGUCAGCAGCUGUCUGCGGUGCCCAGCUACGACUCAGGACACUGUUCAUAUUUAAG